AUGGAUGAUCUCAAGAGCACUACAGGAUUCGUAUUUUUCCCGGGAGAUACAGCUUUCACAUGGAGUUCAAAGAAGCAAGCUAUAGUGACUCUACCAACUUGUGAAGCUGAGUAUGUUGCUGCGACAUCGUGUGCGUGUCAUGCGAUAUGGCUGAGAAAGUUGCUGAAGGAGUUGAACAUGACACAGGAAGAGUCAACUAAAAUUUUUGUGGAUAACAAGUCUGCCCUGGCGUUAGCAAAGAAUCCGGUGUUUCAUGAUCGCAGUAAGCAUAUUGAUACAAGAUAUCAUUUUCUGAGAGAAUGUGUGGUGCAGAAAGAAGUGGCGUUAAAAUAUGUGAAGACUGAAGACCAGAUUGCUGAUAUUUUCACGAAGCCGCUUAAGCAAGAUGUGUUCGUCAAACUAAGGACGCUACUCGGAGUUACGACUAAUUAA